AUGGACGACGACGCGAGAUCGACGCUCGCCUCGAGCGCUCGGGCGCGCGCGGUGGCGCACUUCGGGGUCGGGAACGAGUUGUUGGUGUGCAACCUGGACGGGCGCGGCGCGCGCGAGGCGCCGAGACGCGUCACGUGGUCUGGGUUCAGCGCGAGUAGAGCCGCGCUCGCGACGACGACGUCCGAGGCGCUGUUCGCGAUGCGAGAUCGAGAGGCGUCGUCGAUGGCGAAUGGGACGUAUGUUGAGGACGCGUUCGCGACGUUACAUGACUUCACGCGCGCGGUGGCAGCGGCGCUGGAGGAGUCGUCGAGCUCGAGCUCUGAGGGACUGGCGAGCGACGAGCACGCGGCGCUGUCCAGAGCGGUGUGGGCGCUCCUGGAUGUGUACUUCGUGACUCGGGGUGGGGGAUUGGGCGUUAGCACGGAUGAGUUCGUGGGAUGGUAUCGCGAUAACGCGGCGAGCUUGGAUCUUGGGACGACGAGUGCGAGCAGCCGGUUGCGAGACCUGCUCGACGCGCUCUUCACGUCGACGAGACACGAGGAGGCAGAGGGAUACUGGGGCAUGAUAGUCACUAUGACCGCGCUCGGUUGGACCGAGGCUGCGAUAGAUUUGAUGGCGACGCACAGCGCGUGGGCGGAGUGGCGAUUGCGGAAGACAAGCGUGCAGCCACAGGUGGAGCUCAUGGAGGCGGCGCAGGCGCUUCUUCGCACUAUGCCGAAGCUCGGAGCCGACGACGGCGCCGCCGCUGCGAGCGUGCCACAGUACACGUCUUAUAGACACGAGUGGUUGCGCCAGGUCAAGGCUGUCCUUGCCGAGGGCGAGCUGUUCAACAACUGUUGGGGUCCGACCGCGGACGGAGUUCGAGACGUACUGCUAGUGCUGUCCGGAGAUGAGAGAACGAUCGCGUCGAGCGUGGGUAACUGGGUCGAGCUCGCGGUCGCGCAGCUGCAGCACGUUCACCCGACGUUGAAGAUUCAUGAGCACGAGAGUUUGGCUCGAUCGGCCCGUCGCACGAAAGGGCCUCUCGCCGCCGAGGCGCUAGAUGCGCUCGUGAUGCGCGCCAUUGCCGGCGAUUCUCAAGGCGUCAUCUCGGUGUGCUCGAUGCACUUAGAUCCGUGGUUCAUGGCGUUCUCCACCGUCAUGCUCUCACGCGCCGGGGGCGCGCAAGCAGACGUCUUGAGGCGCCCGACGGCUUCUGGUGCAAGCCAAAGCGAGUUGUACAUGCUCGAGUACUGCUCCGCGUUAGCGACGUCGGAGGAUACACGAGCGUUGGCGGUCAAAAUUCUCGCUGCUACGUGUCCGCAGCGGGGUGCCGAGAUGAUGGCCACCGCGCUCAUGCGUCUCGCCGUCGUGGAAGAUGAACAAGAGACAGAAGACGACGCUCCGGCGAAGGCUGCACACGCGCUCGCAGUCGAAGUGAGCCUUCCAAACACGAGCGCACGCAUCGCGAAGAUGGCUAGCGAACGCGCGCGGGCGCACGGAUACGUUUCCUUGGCAUUCGAUUGGCUUCGACAAUCACAGGACGCGAUCGCGAGCGACGCGCUCGCGCGAGGGUUCGUGCGAGUCGGUGAGAACGGCGGCGCUGCCGCGGCACUCGAGCGCGUGGACAAGUUCAUGUCCAAGCAUGGAUCCAUCGUUCUUGCGCCAACGGAUUGCGAGGAACUUGGUGUUCACGAAAAUACAGUGGACUUCUAUCGCGAGCGCGCCAAGUUUAACGCGGCGAUGAAGACGCUCAGAGCGUCGACGGCGUCCGAUCCAGGCGCGCGCGCCGCGGCCAAAUCCGCCGCCGAUGCCCUCAUCGCCGCUCUUGCCCCUCGCUCAACGCCGUCCGAGCUUUGGAUCGAACUCAUCGUCGACGCCAUUCCGCUCUUCGAGAGCGCGUUUGCGGCGACGGAGCUCUUCGAUCGAGACGCGUGUCGUCUCCUCUCCGCGCGCGCGCGCUUCGCCGCCGACCUCUCCGGCGCGGAUUCCGCGAGCGCCUUACACGCCGCUUCCGCGCGUCCGUCCGAUGCGGUCAACGCCAACGAUCUUAGCGUCGCCACCGCCUCGCUCGCCGUCGCCAGGCUCACCACGCGCGUCGCCCUCGACUGA